AUGCCAACAUCCUCAGCACUGGCUGACAAAGGCCAGAAUGAUACACUACAAAGAGCUGAUGCUACUAAAUCCAGACAGCAUCCGGUUCACCACAGCCACCCAUAUCAACUUGCCACAUUGCUGCUGAACCCAGGAGAGGAGCCUGUUGAGCAUGACUGUCAGGAAAUACUUGAGCAAGAGCAUGGUGUUCGCCAAGACUUGACUGAACAACCACUGCCAGAUGCAGAGGACACCUGGUAUACAGCUGGCAGCAGCUUUCUUCACAAAGGUAAGAGGAGGGCAGGGGCAGCAGUGGUGGAUGGUACUCCAGUGCUGUGGGCUAGAGAAUUGCCCCCAGGAAUCUCAGCCCAGAAAGCUGAACUGAUAGCCCUUGCCCAGGCUCUGACGCUGGCAAAAGGAAAAAAGGAGUUGCAGGCGUUGAUUGGUGCGGGCGUGGCAGGGAGGCGGGGCAAGCCUCUGUUAAAUAGCUGCCACCUGUUUGGCUGCUUCAGAGUGUUACCUGUGAGGUACAAGGAGAAGGAGAGCAGGACUUCGGAAGACAGAGGACAGCAGAAAAAGCCCACUACGGAAAAACUAGGCGGUGUCCUUGGACUCCCAACAUUUGCAUCAGUAGCUUCCAGCAUGUACCACCGAUACCGGGAAAGCAGAGAAGAGCGGUGGACAUGCCUUGGAGAAGACGACAUUGAGGUAGAAAUGAGAGUUCCCCAGGAGGCUGUGAGGCUGAUCAUGGGUCGGCAAGGAGCCAAUCUUAAACAGCUGCAGGAACAGACAGGCGCUGGCAUUGACUUGGACUCGGGCGAUGAGGGUGAUGAGCGGGUGCUGCUGCUGAGCGGCUCACCUGGUGAGGUGUGCCAAGCCAAAGCAGCAAUGCAUCAGAUCCCGACAGAGAACACCCCGGUUUCCGAGGAAGUCUCUGUGCCCCAGCGGUCCGUGGGCAGAAUCAUUGGGAGAGGUGGCGAGACGAUUGGUUCUAUCUGGAAGGCUUCUGGAGCCAAAAUUCCGUGCCAUAAGGAAUCAGAGGGCACGUUACUACAGUCAAGACUCGUAAAAAUCUCGGGGACACGGAAGGAAGUGGAAGCGGCUCAGCGUCUGAUAAUGGAGAAAGUGUUAGAAGAUGAAGAUCUUCCAAACAGGAUUGCCCAUUCGGCCGAAACCAGAGUUCCAGGAGAGCAGCCUAUCGGUGUUCGAAGAGAGGAAGUCAUAGAGCCAGGAGCGGCCGGAGAAGCAGCCUUAUGGAAGAGUAGCAGUUCGAGCAUGGACCCAGCCGUACCCCUGGAGGUUCAUCUCGGCAAAGGUGAUGGCGAUACGGUUGCUGCAGCACCACAAGAAGGUUCCCGGCAGACACCCAAUGAUGACGGCCUUCAAGAUUCUGGUGUCCACAACUAUCCAGAGACAUCCAUGUUUGAAGUUGCCAGUCCCGACUUCAUUUUCCAUGACGAUGAGUUCCUAGACGUCUACGUUUCUGCUUCUGAAAACCCUAACCACUUCUGGAUCCAAUUCAUUGACUCCUUCCGCUUCCAUUGCGAAAAACUUAUGAUCGAGAUGACUCGGCACUAUGAAAACAGUCUGCCUGAAGACUUGACUGUGAACCUAGGAGACAUUGUAGCAGCACGAUACUCUGUAGAUGGUUGCUGGUAUCGAGCCAAGAUUCUUGGUACUCUGGAAAAUGGGAACUUGGACCUAUAUUUCGUUGACUUUGGAGAUAAUGGGAAUUGCCCAGGGGAGGAUCUGAGGGCUCUCAGGACGGACUUCCUGAUCCUUCCUAUUCAGGCCGUAGAAUGCAGUCUGGCACGGAUUGCCCCCUCAGGUGAACAGUGGGAAGAGGAAGCUCUGGAGGAGUUUGAAAGACUCACUGCCUGUGGUGCCUGGAAGCCAUUGGUGGCCAAGUUCUCUGGCGAUGUCCAUAUUGGAAUGUCAACUUGUCCAGAAAUCUAUCUAUAUGAUGCCAGCAAUGGGCAGGAACUUGAUAUUGGGCAAGAGUUAGUUCGUAAAGGCUAUGCAGUCAAACUUGCCGAAUCUGCGGAAGACGAAACUGUCCCAUAUAUAUUGAUGGUGGACACGGCCGAGGAGGAGACAGAUGCUUCUCUUGCCAGUGCGGUCAGUGAGACCCGGAAGCGCCCUGAAGCCUUACCUCGUGCCUACUCCUGCCUCAGCUUAACAAGAGCCGCAGUCUUCAGCAGAACAUGGAGAAGAUCAGCAUCAAUAUAAAGGUCUCAUGGGGGAAGCCAGUGCUGAGGAUACUGAAGACAGUUCUUUUGUAGUAUUCCUUCAGGUGUUCGUUUAUGAACUUUCGUUUCACCGCAAGUAGAAGAAAUGGAGACAACUUAGGAGAUG